CAUAGUAACCUCUGCUGGUGGGGGAAGGGUAAAAAGGCCCAGAGCCUGAGGCCAACUGAAGGCCACCCAGAGAAGGAACCCCUUCGCCCGGGUUGCUCCUCCCAGGAGCUACACUUCUGUAAUCCAUCUGCCGUUUGAUGAGCACCUGCUAUGAGAUUUGCUAGGUGCUGUGGCUUCGGGCAGUCCUGCCUGCAAGGAGUGCUACUUCUGGGAGAGGAGACGGACCUAUGAACACAGAGCUCAGGUCUAGUUCCUUCUCAGGGUUCCUUGUGGUCAGGUGUGGGCCAGGGGCGAAUACUUUCCACAACUCCGGUCUCCCUACAGCCUCCCAGAUCAGUACACAAAGGCUGCCGCUGACGCUGGAGGAAAGGCUGCUCUACUGGCACCUACCAUGGUGACUUUGUCAAUGGUCCUUGUUUUCCUGCUGGUCCUGAGCAGAAGUGAGAGUGAGUUGGACACCAAGAUCUCAUCUCCAGGGGACGCUACAGAAUGGGGGGAUCCUGAUCGGUCCCUGCCGGGGUCCUGCCAACCAGCCUCUUCCUGCCAGAAGUGCAUCCUCUCACAUCCAAGCUGUGCAUGGUGCAAGCAACUGAACUUCACAGCGUCCGGGGAGGCGGAGGCGCGGCGCUGCGCCAGGCGAGAGGAGCUGCUGGCUCGGGGCUGCCCCCCGGAGGACCUGGAGGAGCCCCGUGGCUGGCAGGAGGUGCUGGAGGAUGAGCCGCUUAGCCAGGGCGUCCGCGGCGAGGGGGCCACCCAGCUGGCGCCGCAGCGGGUGCGAGUCACGCUGCGGCCCGGGGAGCCCCAGCAGCUCCGGGUCCGCUUCCUCCGUGCUGAGGGAUACCCUGUGGACCUGUACUACCUUAUGGACCUGAGCUACUCCAUGAAAGACGACCUGGAGUUCGUGCGCCAGCUUGGGCACGCCCUGCUGGUGCGACUGCAGGAGGUCACCCAUUCAGUGCGCAUAGGCUUUGGCUCCUUCGUGGACAAAACGGUGCUGCCCUUCGUGAGCACAGUGCCCUCCAAGCUUCGCCACCCCUGUCCCACCCGGCUGGAGCACUGCCAGCCGCCCUUCAGCUUUCACCACGUGCUGUCCCUAACGGGGGACGCCAAGGCCUUUGAGCGGGAGGUGGGGCGCCAGAAUGUGUCGGGCAACCUGGACUCCCCGGAAGGCGGCUUUGAUGCCAUUCUGCAGGCUGCACUCUGCCAGAAGCAGAUUGGCUGGAGAAAUGUGUCCCGGUUGCUGGUGUUCACUUCAGAUGACACAUUCCACACAGCUGGUGACGGGAAGUUGGGUGGCAUUUUCAUGCCCAGCGAUGGGCACUGUCACUUGGACAGCAAUGGCCUCUACAGUCGCAGCCCAGAGUUUGACUACCCCUCUGUGGGUCAGGUAGCCCAGGUUCUCUCUGCAGCAAACAUCCAGCCCAUCUUUGCUGUCACCAGCACCACACUGCCUGUCUACCAGGAGCUGAGUAAGCUGAUUCCCAAGUCCGCAGUGGGGGAGCUGAGUGAGAACUCCAGCAAUGUGGUCCAGCUCAUCAUGGACGCUUAUAAUAGCCUGUCAUCCACUGUGACCCUUGAACACUCUCAGCUCCCUUCUGGGGUCCACAUCUCUUACGAAUCUCAGUGUGGGGGUCCUGAGAAGACGGAUGGUGAGGCUGGGAACCGGGGCCAGUGCAACUACGUCCGAAUCAACCAGACGGUGAAUUUUCUGGUUACUCUCCAAGCUACCCACUGCCUCCAAGAGCCCCAUUACCUGAAGCUGCGAGCCCUUGGCUUCUCAGAAGAGCUGACUGUGGAGUUGCAUACACUGUGUGAUUGUAACUGCAGUGACAGCCAGCAACAGGCUCCCCACUGCAGUGAUGGCCAGGGGCACCUCCAGUGCGGGGUGUGCAGCUGUGUCCCUGGCCGCCUGGGUCGGCUCUGUGAGUGCUCUGAGGCUGAGCUGUCCUCCCCGGAUCUGGAAUCUGGGUGCCGUGCGCCCAAUGGGACAGGGCCCCUAUGCAGCGGGAAGGGACGGUGCCAGUGUGGACGCUGCAGCUGCAGUGGACAGAGUUCUGGGCGCCUGUGCGAGUGUGACGAUGCCAGCUGUGAGCGACACGAGGGCAUCCUCUGUGGAGGCUUUGGCCGCUGCCAAUGUGGAGUGUGUCACUGUCAAGCCAACCGCACGGGCAGAGCAUGCGAGUGCAGUGGGGACACAGACGGCUGUGUGGGGCCUGAGGAUGAGCUUUGCAGUGGACAUGGACACUGCAAAUGCAACCGCUGCCAGUGCCUGGAUGGCUACUAUGGUGCCCUAUGUGAUCAGUGUCCAGGCUGCAAGACACCAUGCGAGAGACACAGGGACUGUGCAGAGUGUGGAGCCUUUGGGACUGGUCCCCUGGCCGCCAACUGCAGCGUGGCUUGUGCCCAUGCCAACGUGACUCUGGCUUUGGCCCCUACCCUGGAUGACGGAUGGUGCAAAGAAAGGACCCUGGACAAUCAGUUAUUCUUCUUCCUGGUGGAGGAUAAAGCUGGAGGCAGGGUCGUGCUCAGAGUGAGACCCCACGAGAAGCGCGCAGACCACACCCAGGCCAUUGUGCUAGGCUGCGUGGGGGGCAUCGUGGCAGUGGGACUCGGGCUGGUCUUGGCUUAUCGGCUCUCAGUGGAAAUCUAUGACCGCCGAGAAUACAGUCGCUUUGAGAAGGAGCGGCAGCAUCUCAACUGGAAGCAGGACAGCAAUCCUCUCUACAAAAGUGCCAUCACAACCACCAUCAACCCUCACUUUCACGGGACAGAGAGUCCCCUUGGCUGAGGGGGGUAGGGAUAUUCACUCUGGGGCUCUUCUCGCUGGCAGUACGGUGGGAACUGGGGUGGGGGGGUGGGGGGUUCUAUCAGGCCGCAGCCUGGUAGGGGACUAAUCCACUGCUGAAGAGUGGUCACCACCUAUUUCACUCUGAGUGACACCCAAGAGGGCUCGUUCCUGCUGCAGCCUUCCUUCCCUACCUCACAAGGAGUGGGGGUCACCCCCCCACGCAUACAAUAAAGUCUUACUUCAGAU